CUCCUUCUCCUCACUACUCUCUCUCUCUCACUCUCUCUCUCUCUCUCUCUGUCUCUUAAAAAUCUUAAAAGAAUUAUAUCCACCAUGGCUUUACGCAGAGCUUUACUAUCUUCAAUGUUGUUCAUAUCUCUCUUCAUUUCCUUCACAGAAGCAAGAGAAUUAUUAGUCGGGGGCAACAGCAAUGCAUGGAAAAUCCCAUCCUCAGAAUCUGAAUCCCUCAACAAAUGGGCUGAAGCCUCACGUUUCCAAAUUGGAGACUCACUAGUUUGGAACUAUGAUCCUAGCAAGGACUCUGUGGUCCAAGUGAGCAAAAAAGACUAUGAUAGUUGCAGUACUUCCAGUCCUAUUGCUGUAUACAAGGAUGGGAACACCAAGGUCAAGCUUGACAAGUCAGGACCUUUCUAUUUUAUCAGUGGAGCUGACGGCCAAUGUGAGAAGGGACAAAAAUUAGUGACUGUGGUGUUGUCUGGAAGGCAUGGAUUCUUCCAUCUUUCUCCGGCACCUUCUCCUGUGGAAUUUGAAGGCCCUGCUGUGGCUCCAACCAGCGGUGGUACAAGUUUGAGGGGUGGUUUCAUGGUGAUUUUUGGGGUUUUGGUGGGGUUGCUGUUGUUCUGAGGAGGAGACGGAGAUAGUUUUCUAAUAGUUCUAGUAAUUGGUGGAAUGAUUCAAUUUUAUUGGUUGUAAUUGAUUUACAGGGACAUAUUUAUGUUCUCAAUUUCUAUUUUGUAACAUUUUUUUUUCAGAUUACAGUUACUUUAGAUAUAAUUAUGAAUGAUAUUUAUUCUUUUAAA